AUGGCUUCUGCAGGAGAUUCUACGGAUAUGAGCUUGAAGCGGAUCAUCGAUGUAAAAACUUUGGCCAAAGUGAUCAAUGUAAGUUCCGCAUUUGUUCUUUGAUUCUUGAAAUUUAGGACGAACUGUUUUUGAAACUUUCCCUAUAGUAAUUAACUUUUUUUUGACGUAUCUUGACAAGUCAACUUGAAAUUUUAUCUUAUUUCACCUCUAAUCUUCAGGAUAAAGUCUCUGGCAUCAAAAUCCUUGACUGUACUUAUGCUGUCGGACCAAAGCCCGACUACCAAAAGUUCCAGGAGCAAUGGUUUGGCAAGUUUGAACGAUUAAUGGAGCGUAAAACACAACAGAAGGCGCAAUAUCUUCAAUCUCAUAUACCUGGAGCUCAACAUUUUGACAUUGACACUGGAAUGUGUCCAGGACAAUUUGAAAGAUUUAGUAUGUACGAUCCAGCCGACUUUGAGAAGUACGCUCAGUUAUUGGGCAUCAAGCAGGGUGAUCAUCUUGUGUUCUAUAGCAGAGGACCGUUUGGUGGAAUGUUGUUCUCUUCCAAGGCUUAUUGGCUGUUUCGAGUAAGUUUUUUGGAUUGCUUUUGAUGUUUAGAUUUUUUGAAGAGUGUGAAGAUUCUGAUAUUGUUUUAAUUUCAGUCGUAUGGCCAUGAAAAGUUGUCCUUGUUAGACGGCGGUUUUGCAGCGUGGCAGAAUUCUGGAGAAGAAACAGAAUCUUCCUCCGAAUACCCAAAAGUAGAACGUGGAGAUUGGAAGGCCAAGGACACGGUCCAGAAGUACAUGAUGACUUUUGAGGAAUUCAACAAAGACGGAGGGGUUUUAGACCAUCCAGACACCGUGAACUUACUCGAUUCUAGAAUCCGACCACAGUUUGACGGUACACAAGAUACUGGACUUGAUCCUAUGAGUAAGUAUGGUAGUUAUUCUAAGAGGUUUGCGUAAUUUGGUUUAAGUGUUGCCUAUAUUUAAAGGAAUUUACUAUUUUGAACUAAUUAAACUUUUGCGAACUAAGUUUGGCUUUUUAUAGGAGUUAAUGGCACCAGAAUACCACACACGACAAAUGUCCCAGCACUCGAAGCUAUCAAUGAUAAAGGAGUGCUACGACCGUUGGAAGAUAUUAAAAAAGGUAAAUUAUGUUGUUCUUGAAAGCUGUUUUAUAUUCUGUUAUUAAAAAGCAUAAAAUGUCGGUUUUGUACAAAGAUUUACCAAUUUGUUACCUAUUUUUCUAAAAAAUUUGAAAAACACUCAUUAACCAUUAUUUUCAGACCUUUUCGCUUCCGAAAACCCAUCCAAACCAGUGAUAACCUACUGUAACACAGGAAUGCAAGCCUCUGUCGUCUCGGUACUACAAGAUGCCAUUUUCCCCGAUCAUCCAGCACGAAUGUACGGUGGAGGGUUGACAGAAAUGGCACAAAGGGCACCGAAACGGAUCAGCGAAGGUCCCAUUCAUUUGGAGCCAAAUUAG